CAGUGUGAGAAUAUGUACAGUGAAAGGGUUGCAAAUAAACCAUUGAUAUUGCACAGACAGAUGAAUAUGUUAAAGUUGAUAGUCAGAAUGGUGCAGGUAGUUCAUGGGAGCAGAGCUGGUUGUACAGUCUUACUGCUGCUGGUUGCAUGUUGUUGCAUGAACCUUGCAUGCAAUACACAACGUAUGAUAAGUGAUGAAAACCCCACAUGAAGUCAAAUAAGAUGUGUUUACAUUCACAAGAUCACACCACUGCAGCUCCUCACUUCCACCUCACAUCCAGAUCACAGUGAAUUAGGAGUCUGAUGGCACCUGAGUGGGUUACAAGCAUAAAGCCUGAGUGUCUGGUAGAACUUUUCCCAUCCGUAACCUGAAAUCCCCUUUUCUCCUCUCCGCCUUGCCGCCUCACCCCCCUCCCUUCUGGCUUCCUCUCCAUCCUUGCGUCAUUGUUUUGAAUGGAGCAUCCUCCCGGCUUGCGUUACCUUCAGUCGGAGGAGAAGGGGGAGCGGUGGGGGCUUGUGGAGGCGUGUGCUUCCCCGACCAAUCGCGGGCCGCCGAGGCCGCCGGACCGCACAUGUUUACAGGCAGCAUUCCGCCGGUAGAGCCCCUGCUCGGUGGGAACCACACCCGAACUGGACGACGCAGCAGCCGGAUCCGGAGUCCCCUGCACGGCCGCGGUGUAUCGCGUUCCCAGCCUCUAGAGAAGAGUUGUGACAGAAAGGCUCGAGCGAAGUGAAAUUAUUCGACGUGUUUGUUUUGAUUCGUCUACGUCCGGCUGGUUUUCCCGCAAACAAGCCGCCAUUUUGUCAAAUCGUGUACAAAUGUCACUUCGGCUCCCGGAGGUGUCGGGCGCUCCGUGUUUUGCCGCCGCCCCCUCGGCUCGGAGGGAGCAGUGGGGAAAACAAACAGGCCGAGCGGAGGAAGAGAGCUAACCGGCUGGAUGUGGAGCUUCUUCAGCGGCGAAUGAAUCGUCUCCGCGGCGCGAGGUUUCUGUCCGGUGCUAACUCGCUCCACGUCGGUGUUCCGGUGCUUUUGAAUGAGGCGCUGGUCGGAGGUUUCUUCCUUCCGAGCAUGUUGCCGCUUUCUAACAUUUUGUCACGGCUGUCGGGGCGCGUAGUCUACCCGCUGCGGUUUUGUGUUUUUCUCGACGUUGUUUACCGGCUUUAAUUCGACGCUUCAUGGUUUUAAACCCGCUCUGAAUUCAGCUUGCUCUUUUUGUUUAGUUUGGUUUUGCUCGACAUGCACACGAGGCGUUUGGUCAAGCGGUCGAUCCUCGGCAGCCGCGUUUAUGCGCCGAGUCCGACCGGGGACGGGGCUCCGGUGACAGGAGUGGUCCAGGCUGUCAAGCAGGAAAACAGGGACGUGUCGGCCGCGGGACUCCGGCGCAGCGUCUACACGGUGCUCAUGCAGGACGGGAGCCUCAAGGAGUUCUCCGAGGAGGAGCUGGCCGCCGGGAUCAACCACACCACAGCGAAAGGACCGCUCAGAUCCAGCCUGAAGCAGAGCUCCAGUAACGGAGCUCCAGAGGGCCACAAGAUGAACGGCGGCUCCCUCAGCCCAGAGGUGGUGGAGGAGCAGCGGUUGGCCGAUGGCAAGCGUGUUGGCCGGGACCCCGACACCCGAUCAGUGUCCCUGCUAGAGCAGAAACGCAAAGUGGUCUCAUCCAGCAUUGAUGUGCCUCAUGCCAGGCGGUCGGAGGAGGAAGUGGACAUGGACAAGGUGACAGCCGCUAUGGUACUGACCAGCCUCUCCACCAGCCCAUUGGUCAGGAGUCCACCUGUCAAAGUCAGCGAGUGUCUAAGUGGUUCGUGGAAGGACAACGGCUCAGUGGGACCUUUUACCCCGUCUAGCAACAGCUCUUCAGGGGGCUACUGGAGCUGGUCUGCCCCCAGCGACCAGUCCAACCCUUCCACACCUUCCCCGCCGCUCUCUGCCGACAGCUUCAAGCCCUUCAGAGUACCCAGCCUAGGCGGUGUGGGGCCCGGCCCCGCAGGACCCGAGGACCCGAGCCUGGAUGAACAGGACGGCAGCAGUCUGCUCUUCGAUGAGCCCAUCCCUCGAAAGCGCAAGAACUCAAUGAAGGUGAUGUUCAAGUGCCUGUGGAAGAACUGUGGCAAGGUGCUGAGCACUGCCGCCGGCAUCCAGAGACACAUCCGCACCAUCCACCUGGGGCGUAGCUGUGACUCGGACUGCAGCGACGGAGAGGAGGACUUCUACUACUCGGAGAUCAAGCUCAACACAGACUCUGUGGCCGACGGGCUCAGCAGCCUGUCCCCGGUG